AUGCGCUUAAGAAAACAUAUACACACAGUAACACACGAGUUUACCCUUUUGAUAAUUGUAUCCCGAUCCUUUAGGACAGAUACUCUGGACAAACAGUUGUAUAGAGGUCCGGUAAAUUUUAGCCAAGGGCCUCCUUCUAUAUUUUAUGCUAUGGAAUUUGAAAAAUACGAGCCGUUAAAUCUUCAGCAGAUAGCUUUAAAGGGAAGCGAAACACCGGAGUUACAAUGUUUUCACAAAUUUGGGAAUUCACUUGGCCUACGCCUACGCCUACGCCGAUGGUUUAACGGCUUAGAUAGCAAACUGGCUAUUAGAAAUUGUUUCUUUAUGAGUUUUGCUAUUUCCACAAAAACUACCUCCGCUAUAACCGCUUUCUUUCUUAAAGAGAAUAUUCUUGUUUUAGCUUUAAGCAUUUAA